AUGGAAGCUGAAGGGAGGAGCCAGCAGGGGAAGCAAAGGAAGGGGCGAAUUUGCAGCACCCUCUUACCUGAGAGAUACCCAGCUGCAGGGACUCUGACCUCCACAGUGGACAUGAGCACUCAGCCCUACAGAAGGCUCUCUGCCGUAGGAGUGGGGAGACCAAGACAUUCUCCACAAGAAGGACAGAGGGGUCACUUGCACUCCCGGCGCCGCCACCGUACCACCUUCAGCCCAGCACAGUUGGAGCAGCUGGAAUCAGCCUUUGGGAGGAAUCAGUACCCAGACAUCUGGGCCCGAGAGGGUCUCGCACGGGACACGGGCCUCAGUGAGGCCAGAAUACAGGUCUGGUUCCAGAACCGCAGAGCUAAGCAACGGAAGCAAGAAAGAUCAUUGCUCCAGCCACUGGCCCAUCUCUCGCCUGCCACCUUCUCUGGAUUCUUGCCAGAGUCCCCUGCUUGUCCCUAUUCCUACACAACACCACCUCCAACAGUAACCUGCUUCCCUCACCCCUAUAACCAUGCCCUUCCCUCACAACCCUCCACAGGUGGUUCAUUUUCUCUACCCCACCAGACUGAGGACUGGUAUGCCACUUUGCACCCAACAGCCACUGGUCAUCUGCCCUGUCCCCCACCUCCAUCUGUGCUCCCUCUCAGCCUUGAGCCACCAAAGUCCUGGAACUAG